AUGGCCGACGCAGCACUCGCCCGCCUCCACGCCGCCGCGCUCACCGCGCGCUGCCACAACGCUUUCUUCCGCCAGAAGCAGCUCAAGGCGCUGCACGACGCCCUGCGCCAGGACAGCAACACGCUCAAAGACGCGAUUAGGGCGGAUACGCGCGUCCCCGAGCAAGAGGCGGCGCGCGAGGUCGCGCUGGCGCUGGACCUGGUCCGGGAGCACUAUGCCGCCAUCGACCCGGCGACGGAGCUGGAGCGCGAGUACCGCGUUGCGAAGGGCAGGGACGCGGAAGACCAGACGACUCCGUGGGGGGUGGUUUAUAUUGAGCCGCUGCAAACACAUACGCCGUUGUUCUCGGCCGUUUCUGCGCUGAGCGCGGCGCUGAGCGCGGGGAACUGUGUGGCGCUGAGGCUGGACAACAGUCUCCGCGCGCUGCCGACGCUGCUGCGCGCGCUGCUCACCGCGGCGCUCGAGCCAGACACGUUCGCCGCCGUGGCCGCCGCGCCGUCCGCAGACGCGCUGGCAGGCUGUUUGCAGGUGCUGCAGGACACCCACGUCGAGCAGCCGACGCACUUCCAGCUCGUGUCGCAGCAGCGCCGCGUCAUCGCCAUCGUCGACCGCACCGCGGACCUGGCAUCCGCGGCGCAGAGCCUGGUGGCCGCGCGCUUCGGCUUCGGCGGGCGCUCGCCGUACGCGCCCGAUCUGGUGCUCGUGAACGAGUUUGUGCACGAGGACUUCGUGGGCCAUGUGCUGCGCGCCGCGAUCCCGUAUGUCGCGGGCGCGGGCGUCACGGGACCGAAAAGCCCCAGCAGCAGCCCGCAAACUCUCAACGCACACGCCGCCAUCACCCCGCUGCCGUCGCUGACCAGCCUCUCCGCCCUCCCUGCACCCACCGCCCACCCCUCCCUCCCCGUCUCCCCCAUCACCUCGCUCGAGCACGCGCUCAGCCUGCUCGACGCCGACGGUGCCGCCGCGCCCCUGCGCGCAGCCUACUUCUUCGGCAGCCCCGCGACAGGGAAGUACCUCGCGCAAUACACCGCCGCCGCCCUCGCGCUCGUGAACCACAUCCCCCCUGCGCUACUCCUCGGCCCCGCAGCCCCCGCGCACCACGCCCCCUCGCUCGACUUGCGGUACACGCGCACGCACUUCUCGCGCCCGGCACCCGUGUACGUAGCACCGCGCGGGACCACAGGGGAGCCGUGGAAAGUGGACGCGAGCGAGGCGCUGCGCACAGCGGGGCGGGAGAUCGGGCAGAAGAAGAGGGCUGAGUGGAUCGCGAUUGGGUAUUUUGAGCAGGGGAUUUUGCUCGGGUUGGGGGUGUAUGGGGUGCCGCUGCUGGCGUGUGUGGGGACGGGGGUGUUUUAUGGGAUGCGUGCUGGGUUAAGGCGGUUUGCGAUUGUGUGAGGGGUGUGGAGUACAUAGUUCGGUAUUGUUAGGCUUUGGUUGUUGAGGGUAUGUGGAUGAAUUGUCCGUGGAUUGGUCGGAAUAGGCUGGCCCGUCGAGGUGCAUAAUCGGUAUCCUGUCUCUCCUCUUGAAAUCCUCUGGUCAUGUGAUUUCCGGCGCGGUACUGUCGGGAUAUUG